AUGUCGCGGAGACCCGCCGGACCCGACAGGACGAUGCAGAACCAGCAGACGUUGAAGAGCUUGGUUAAGUUAGAAGGAAACAAGAGCUGCGCAGAUUGUAAAAGGAACAAGCGUACGGUGUCUGGAUACUGUGACAAGGCAUGGAGGCUGACAAGUGUCGACAGANNCCCAAGAUGGGCCAGUUGGAACUUGGGCAUCUUCAUCUGCAUUCGAUGCUCUGGUAUUCACCGUGGUAUGGGAACGCACAUCAGUAGAGUCAAGUCGGUCGAUCUGGAUUCUUGGACCGACGAGCAACUUCAGAGCAUGCUGAAGUGGGGCAACACCAGAGCCAACAAGUAUGAAAUCCUCGCCCGUUGCAGCACACAUAUGCUGAUUGUCAUUCUACAGNNGUACUGGGAAGCGAAGCUCGCUCCUGGUCAUGUCCCCGCCGAAGCGUACNNCAAGAUUGAGAACUUCAUUCGCACAAAGUACGACUCGAAGAGAUGGACUAUGGAUGGCCCUAUUCCAGACCCUUCAACUCUGGGAGGCGAGGGUGGGGAUGAAGACGUGCCGCUCAGUGUAGUUCAAGAAAAGGCCAAGCUUGACCGAUCAGCAUCCCUCAGAAACGCUUCGAUGAGCAGCGGACCUGUUGCUCCCCCUGCAGCUCCUAGAGCAGCUGCUCCAGUCAUCGAUCUGUUUGGCGACGACCCAACCCCAGCCCGUGCCAGCACCGCUGAACCUACAAUUGCUUCCAGACCCCCUCCACAACAACAGCAAAAGGCCCCUGCUGCACCUCCUAAGCAAAAUCGUCCUGGCGACUCUCUACUUGGUCUCGAUUUCUUUGGAACUAGCCAGUCCGCACCACCAGCACGUCCAGCUAGCGCUGCUUCGGGAGUUGCUGCCCCUGGAAGCAACCCACGAUCAGACCUUAAGCAGUCCAUUCUGUCCUUGUACGCAUCUGCACCUAAGCCUGCCCCGGUACAGCAGCCUCAAUCUUCCUCGAACGCUUUUGGUGGCUUCACCUCCCCUCCGUUACAAUCUCCUGCCGCUUCGACUUCCUCUUUCGGCGGUAUGGCUGAUGCUUUUGGUGGCUUGAACUUCGGUGGCACGCCUGCUCCGCAACAGCAACAGCAGCAACCCAAGCCUUCUGCCUUCUCGAACUUAACCUCCCCAGUAUCACGUACAAGCUCUCUCAGUGGUGGUAGCUUCUUCGAUGCUAAACCCGCACCACCACCUAAACCAGCCGCUGCACCUGCUUCUAAGCCACAGCCAACUCGCAUGUCGAGUGGAUUCGGCGAUUUUGGUGACUUUACGUCCGCACCAUCGCCUGCACCAGUACCUAUGUCUACAAGAUCGCCAGUUCCCGCCAGCUCUGGUAUGGGAGACUUGUUCGACAUGAGCGCUCCUGCACCUUCUAAGCCCGCAACUUCAACCUCUGCAUCUGCCUUCAACUUGUCAAGCCCUGCCCCACCGCCGAAACCUGCACCCGCACCCGCACCAGCCAUGUCCGGUCUUGAUAACAUGGACGCAUGGGGUUCGAGCAAUGCCUGGAGUACCCCUGAGCCAGCAGCGCCUGCACCACCCAGCACUUCGUACAAGGCACCUACCUCGACCACUACAUCUUACAAAGCACCUGCUAUGACCAGCGUGUCGAACGACGAUGACUUUGGUGGUUGGGGAAGCAAUGAGGGCACUUCUUCUAGUAAACCUACUGUUAGCCAGGAUGAUGACUUUGGUGGCUGGAGCAGUGCACCCGCGCCGGCUGCCCCUACAUCUAACAACAAGGCUCCAGCUGCAGAUGAUCUNUUUGGAAACGUCUGGGGUUAA